ACGGGUAUUUAAACAUAGGACUAAUGACAGGGAGGCCAUGUUGUUGUAAAGUCCUCCACUCCACAUACAUUUCGGGGGAUACAUAUUAAGCCUGCUGAUGGUUCAUCAGUCCAUGUUAAUCUGUUUCCAGGAUUUCUAGAUCUCUCAGUUCACAGCGCUUGUAACACCCGAUGAUCUGUUUGAGUAAAGUCUAUCGAUAAUCCAUGCUGGAUUUUCAGUGAACUGCUCGUGUGAACCAAACACCAGAAAUACUACACCCCGGCGCAAAUGAUUAUCCAUUAACACAACAUGGCGACACAAUGAAUUCAGCAGAAGCUGUAUCGUCUCCUCCAGUCAAACCACUGCUUGAUGAACCGCGCCUCACCGCCACCAUAGACACUGGGAAUGACGGACCAUGCAGUGUUAGCUGUCUGAGUGAAGAUCAAGUCUGGACACACGGGAGUAACGAAAUCAUUAAGCUCCGCAACCUCCAGAGUAAACUACUGACAUCAAUACAAACCGAGUCAGGGAACAAACCAGAGGACAUAGCAGUGACACGGGACGGAGAUCUUGUUUAUACUGAUUAUGAUAAUAAAACUGUAAACCUAGUGAAGAAUAAAGAGAUACAGAACUUGAUCACACUACAGGGGUGGGUACCUCUCAAUGUCUGCAGUACCGCCUCUGAUGAUCUCCUGGUUAUCAUGAUCACUGAUUAUGAAACACAAUCCAAAGUUGUGCGUUACUCCGGCUCCACAGAGAAACAAAGCAUUCAGUUUGAUGAUCAGAGUCGUCCUCUCUAUUCAUCUGAUUAUAUAAUCCGAGAUUCCUACAUCAGUGAGAACAGGAACCUGGAUAUCUGUGUGGCUGACUAUAAAGCUAGAGCAGUAGUGGUGGUCAAUCAGUCAGGAGAACUCCGAUUUAGAUACACUGGUCAUCCCUUUAAUACCAAGGGACCAUUUGAUCCAAUCGGCAUCACUACAGACAGCCAGAGUCACAUCCUGACAGCAGACUGUAACAAUGACCGUAUCCACAUUCUAGAUCAAGACGGACAGUUCCUCCGUUAUAUUCAGAAUUGUGAUUUAUGGAAUCCAUUUGGUUUAUGUGUGGACAUCAGAGACAACCUCUUCGUGGCUGAGUGUUGCUCAGAUAAAGUGAAGAAAAUCCAAUAUCUAUAAGCGCAUUGUAAAUUACACAUCUCAACACAGUGUUAAUUACACAUAUCAUUACAGUGUUAAUUACAUAUCUUUACAGAGUGUUAAUUACACAUCUAAACACAGUGUUAAUUACACAGCUCAACACAGUAUUAAUUACAUAUCUAAACACAGUGUUAAUUACAUAUCUCUACACAGUGUUAAUUACACAGCUCAACACAGUGUUAAUUACACACCUCAACAUAGUGUUCAUUACAUAUUUAAACACAUUGUUAAUUACAUAUUUAAACACAGUUUUAAUUACACAGCUCAACACCCUGUUAAUUACACAUCAUAACACAGUAUUAAUUGCAUCUUUAUGUUGAUUACAGCUGCUUAUUAAUUAAAUCUGCUUAUUAAUUACAACACAGUGUUAAUUACACAGCUCAACACAGUGCUAAUUACACAACUCAACACAGUGUUAAUUACACAGCUCUACACAGUGUUAAUUACACAUCUAAACACAGUGUUAAUUACACAGCUCACCACAGUGCUAAUUACACAGCUCUACACAGUGUUAAUUACACAGCUCAACACAGUGUUAAUUACACAUCUCAACACAGUGUUAAUUACACAGCUCUACACAGUGUUAAUUACACAGCUCAACACAGUGUUAAUUACACAGCUCUACACAGUGUUAAUUACACAGCUCAACACAGUGUUAAUUACAUCUUUGUAUGAAUUACAUCUGCAUGGUAAUUACAUCUGCUUAUUAAUUACAACCCUGUGUUAAUUACUUUUCAAUCCAAUUUGAUAAUAAAAUAGAUAAAAGUGUUGAGUUAGUCCAAAUAUAUAUGUAACUACUAACUAUGAAAAAUACCUAGGGAAGUUUAUCUAAUUAUACCCUGAAAGAACGUAAACCUCGACUCUGCUGGGAUAUCUAAAUUUUAUCAAGAAAAACUUUAUUCCUAAAAACUGUUUCCUAACACUACACAUGGUGGACACUACACAUGGUGGACACUACACAUGCUGGACACUACACAUGGUGGACACUACACAUGCUGGACACUACACAUGACACUACACAUGCUGGACACUACACAUGACACUACACAUGACACUACACAUGGACACUACACAUGACACUACACAUGCUGGACACUACACAUGGUGGACUACGUAAAUGAAGGGGAACGAACACACAGUUCUUCGUAAAAAGCCGAACCUUAAGUUCUUGAUCCUAGCAGCGAGAGAAUGAAUCUCCCCGAGAGUCACGGUUAAUAUAAGACUGACAAACCAACAAAAUGCUAAAAAUAAACUCAAUCUCAUAAUCUAAGUUAGUAUUAAGCCUUAUAGCCAAUGAAAUAGCAGAAAACAAAAACGAUCUAUAAGACUGGCAAACCAAUAAAAUGCUAAAAAAAAAUAAAAAUAAAUAAAUAAAAACUCUGAUAAUCUAAGUCAGUAUUAAGCUUCAUAGCCAAUGAAAUAGCAGAAAACACAAACGUUCUGUAAGACUGGCAAACCAAUAAAAUGCUAAAAAAUAAAAUAAAAACUCAAUCUGUUAAUCUAAGUUAAUAUUAAGCCUUAUAGCCAAUGAAAUAGCAGAAAACAAAAACGUUCUAUAAGACUGGCAAACCAAUAAAAUAUUAAGAAUAAACGUUUAAUCUGAUAAGCCAGUAUUAAGCCUCAUAACCAAUGAAAUUACAGAAAAGAAAUAACGUUCGAGAAGACUGUCAAAAUGGCGGGUAUAGUGUUUACGUAGAACAGUAAAAUGUAAACAUGUGAAAUAUCGAAAUAUCGACUUUUUACAAUCUUAAAUGACUUCCGAAAUAAAUAGAAAGUAUUAUAGACAGAAAAGACAUUGUAUAAUACAAUUACUGCGUGACUCAAGUCUAUUCAACAUCACAUUUGUCACUAAAAUGCACAUAUCAAAAAAGUUUUAGAAAUGUAUAUGCAUGCAAUAAAUUAUUAUUUUGUAAAAGAUGUAGUCUCAUAACGGUGCGUACAAACAUGUUUUCAUAUCGCCCAAACGCGUGUUAUUCAAUUUGUAUGCACAUACUGUUGCAGUUAUGAGGCUACAUCUUUCAAAAAGUAAUAAUUCUUUGCUGAAAUGUACAUGUACUUAUAUUGUUGUAAUAUCUGUAUUAUUAUAUCUAAUUACUAAUUUGAUUGCGUUAUUAGUUAAUUAUUUAUAUACAAUUAGACACAUGUGAAUCAUGAAAUGUAAAUAAAGGUCAAUCAAUUAUCGUGAUGUACUUAGUCACUUUGUCAGUAUUUUGUGUGUAGCCUUGAAUUAUAGUACAUCUAUACAUGUACACAUAUACUUGUUUGUGUGUGAUAAACUACUAAUUAUUCUGUUUGUUAAUUAUGUAUUUCAAUAUGUGUUUGAUUUUACAAUGUAUAUAUUAGAUAAACAUGAUACAGAG